AUGAAUAAAUUAUUCUGCUUAACGGUGAUUUUUGCCAUUUUGGCAACAGCUUUUGCGGAAUUAUUAUCACCUGAAGUGUUGAUUGUCGCUCCGCAAGGACGUCUUUACCGUGCAAAACGUCAAUUUCGCCCCGGCGGCGGCGGUUUUGGGCAAUCAUCAGCUUUAGCAAAUGCCGCAGCACAAAAUCAAUAUUUCGGUCCUAAUGGAUUCGGGGGAGGCGCUGCUCAUGCUCAAGGUCAAGCAUUCCAAUCGCAAGGUCCAUUGGGAGGAUUUGGAGCAAGUCAUGCCGGAACACAAACACAAAAUUUCCAUGCAGGACCCGGAGGUAUUCAAGGAAGUGCUGGAUUAAGCGGAAGUCAAGCUUAUAAUUUGCCAAAUGGACAAACGAUUGAUGUUGCUUACGGAGGUACUUUUAGUGCGGGACCCGGAGGUGUUACGGGAGGAUCUUCGAACUCUGUUGGAUUCAGCGGUUAA